GCACCACACCGGAGCGGAGGGGACGCGCUUACGACGCUCUACCAAGACAAGAGCGCUGCAAUGCUAAAGUAAUUUGUCACCGAAACAUUUCCUCACAAAACAAAAACUUGGUGAUUUCGAAGCUUUCCCAUCACUAAUCAAACCACUCAAGGCUUAGCCACCAAUUCCCAGAGAAGCCCUCGCGAAUCCGACUCGGGUAGUUUCUAACUAGCAUCGUCCCUUUCGAGAAGAGCGAACACGUCGAUGUAAGGACUCGAGAGAAGUCGUGGAAUCAGAGGUUCCGUCAAUUUAACAAGAAUCAUGGCUCACCUGCCAGAAGAUAACCUGCAGUACAAAGAUGUGGACUAUUGGGACGAAAGGUACAAGGUGGAGGAAUCUUACGACUGGCUGGGCGGCCUCUCCAAGUUCUGGCAUCUCUUGGAAAACCACAUCAAGAAAGACGACUCCAUACUUGUACUUGGUUGUGGGAACAGCAGUAUGAGCAGUGACAUGUACAACGCUGGCUACUGCUCCAUCACCAACAUCGACUACUCCUCAGUGUGCAUCAGCGCCAUGAGUACCAGGAACGCCCACUGUCCUGGAAUGAGCUGGCGACAGAUGGACAUGCGGCAGCUCGCUUUCCCCGACACGUCCUUUGACGUUGUUCUAGAGAAGGCCACGCUGGACGCUCUCAUGGUGGAGGAGAAGACCCCCUGGGAGGUGUCCCCUCAGACUGCCUCUUUCAUUCACGAGGUGCUCACUGAGGUCAGUCGCUGCUUGAAGCCCGGCGGACUUUUUGUUUCGGUGACCUUCGCCCAGCCUUUCUUCAGGAAGCGCCUGUACGCACGCAGCGAGUACAACUGGUCCAUCAAACAGUACAGUUACGGCGACGGCUUUGAGUAUUUCGUGUACGUCAUGGCCAAAGGGAACGCGCUGAGUGCGGAAGAUGCGGCUCUGGAAAAGAAGCUGCUGGAAAGUAGCAAAUCUCAACCCGCACAAAGCAUCCCAACAUUAAACGGUGAGCAGGAAGACUUUCUGUCUCUAAUGGACUUAUAGUGGGACGAUAAUUACACAGAUGCGUACUGUACUACCUCUUAGGUUGGCAUUGUUAGUUUAAGUCAGUCUAAGAAUAACCUUUAUCAUUUAAUCUAUUUUACCAUUUUAAAAAAACAUUUUAGGACACAUUUUAUAUACCUCUAUUCUUUUAUAUGUAUAUACCAUAAUUUCCCGAGUAUAAUGCGUCUUGAAGUAUAAUGUGCACCCCCAAAAUUGACCUAAAAAAAUCUGGAAAACCCUUCUACCAAUGUACAAUGCACACCACCAAUUUGCCGCUACCCAUAUUCUCAGAAUAAUCGAAAUUAUCUGUAGUUAUAUUUUGUUAGACUUGUACUUGCAUUAUUUUUCAAAAAACUGUCUGUACAACAAUCAUUAAUAAUAAUCAAUGUGCAUGUGCUGAUGUAGCGGUAAUAUAAUCUUGGGACAGGCCACAGCACACGCUUGUCCUGGUCCCUGUAAUUGUCAGAGCAGGAUCCCUCAACCAAAUGAAAUAAAUGCUCAAUGAUGGCACACCAUUUUAUUAAUACUGUUGAUGACACAUAUUACAGUCUUCAAAAUAUUAACUAUUUAACAGUUUAACCUAAACAUUUUUUUUUGCAUUAAAUACUUGUGCAUAACAUGUUUGUGCAUAGUGCAGUUUAUCUUCUAUUUAUUACACAUCCUUGGCCAAGCCUUCAAAAGAAGCAUCUGACUCAUCUCCAAUCUGAAAAAGAUCCAUAGUCGCUACCUUUUGGUGCAUCGCUGUGGAACUCAUCAUUGGUGACUUGGUACAGUUUGGAUUGCAUCAUGAACCUCCCAUCAUGCUCCCACCGCAUGUCAUCCUCUGUGCCAUCCAUAGCGUUUGUGAGGAAACAUUUUUUUUAAUCCCAAGAGUUUGGGUUGCGCAGCUUCUCCCCCUCCAUUCUGGAGGAGCUUUCGCUAAAGUGUCAGGUGGCUAUCAAAACAACGUGAGCUCAAACUAUGUAGAAAUGAGCCUAAUUGGCACAUUUAAAAAAAAAGCAGGCAUUUCAGUUGUGUGCCCUCUCUCUUUUUUUUUGUGUCCAUGUUGCUCGUACUACGUAGUUUGAGCUCAUGUUCUUUUGAUACCCAGCUGAAGUCAUUGACCUAUCACAGUUUCAGACUGCGGCACGACUUCCGGGUUGCCGGCGUCAUCGGCACUCGUGAUGACACAUUUCUUUUUAAAGCAGCUGCACAACUACCCGUUGUAGUUGACAUUUUUUGUCUUGGUUUAAGUUGAAACAGACUCACGGGCAGUCGUUUCUGAUCUUUGAUGCAGUAGCGCUAACGAUCGUAAAAUGCAAGCUCCUCGAGGAGGUCAGAGAGCUCAGGUUGGGGGCGCACAUUACCAUAAUAUAUAUAAACGUGUAACACAUCAAAUGUCAUAUCGAAAUGUAUAUGUAUGCAUUUUGUACCAUCCAAUGUGAUUGUAUUUUUUAUUUUUCAUCCGUACCUAAAUAUAAUGCGCUUUAUUAACUUUUUGAAAAUAUUUUGGGAAACAUUUGCGCAUUAUUUUCGAGAAAUUACAGUAUAUAUAUCAUAUCUUUUAUAGCAUAUACAGUAUUUUUCUUUUGAGAAAUCUCAUGGAACACCAGCAAACAAAAAUCUGAAUCACCACGUAAACUUUACAGUGUGAUAUUGAAAUAAUUAGGAUUUGCUCUUAGUUCACUCUCAGAUUUACUUAAUAAAAAUAUAUUGCCCUUUGUAGUUGAACAUAAUAUAUUGUAUUGUAUAAAAAGCAAAAGAUUAGGUCAAAUUGGACCUUGUGGUAUUGAGGAAGAGGAUUUCAUUUUUCUGCCUGUCAGCGGCAUAGAUGAACAAAGUUACACAAUUUUGAAUAAAUACAUAAUCAUUUUUAUGAAAAUGAUAUUGAAAAAAGUAAAACUGUUUCUCAUGGCACACCUGAUGAUCUUUCACAGAAUUUUAUAUUGUUGUUUUGCCAUGUUGGAUGUUUUCACCAGACAGUAUUGAAUUGUUUUCCCAUGUCUUGUUGUUUUUUUGAAAUUCGUUCUAUGCCCCCCCCUCUUAAAAAAAAAAAAUCACACAGAUU